CACGUUUUAUAAAGGGUCGUUUUUCAUCCUCAAGCGUGUAAAAGACUAAGAUUAGAUUGUAAAUAUAAACAACCACGGAAGUAAUGGGGGACAUCAACUACACAUCGUAUAAAGAGUUAAAAGAGCAGUUUGUAAGCGGACACCAAGGAUCACCAGCCGCAGAAAUAACACUGAUUUAUUUGGGCAUUGCAUGCUGUGUGUUGCUUCACAAUGCCGGGGGUGUAGGAUACAGAAAACAGUGGUUUCACUGGCUUGGGGAUUUCCUUGUCCUUGUACUCCCUGGCCUAUCAUCCGUCACAUUUCUCAGCGAAUCAAAAGCCAUUGUCAUUGUAACUCUUCUCUCUUUGGCAGUCAUUUCACUUAUAAUAUCUCACCAAUUCAAUAGGACAGCUCCCAAACCGUCUGCUUCUUUAUUGAGACAAGAAUUCGGCAACAAGCUGGAGUUUGUCAGUAAUUUUAGAGCAUAUGCCUUAAUUUGUACAGCCAUAUGUAUCUUAGCAGUGGAUUUUAAUGUGUUUCCAAGAAGAUUUUGUAAAGCUGAGACUUUUGGAACUGGUUUGAUGGAUACUGGUGUAGGACUGUUUAUAGUAGCGAAUGGAAUUGUGUCUCCUGAGUCUCGUAACAAAGAAAAAGUCAGCAGUCUAAAAAGCUCUCUUCUGUCAUCACUCCCACUCAUCGUCCUGGGUCUGGGCCGAGUUGUAUCGACCAAAGGUGUCAACUACCAGGAGCAUGUUACGGAGUACGGAGUCCACUGGAACUUCUUCUUCACAGUCUCAGCAGUCAAGAUUUGCUCAAGUCUUCUCUUGACCAUCCUUGGAAACAUUAACCUCACUGGACCUGCCAUUAUACUCAUUCUCUCCUAUCAACUGUUUCUCACCAAACUUGGCCUGAGUGAGUACUUGGUCCUUGGAGCAGACGGUCAGGGAGGGAGAGUGCGCUUCUUCGACUCCAACAGAGAGGGCAUCGUGUCCUGUCUGGGUUACCUGUCUUUGUAUUUUCUAGCUGUAGAACUUGGAAAACACAUUUUCAACAAAGAGAGGAAGACAGUAGGUGACUGGGUUCCCUUUCUGGGAGUGCUGGGUUUGUUACAGGCUGUUUUAUGGUGUACCAUGAUGUGGUCAGAAACUCAUGUACAACAAGUGUCUAGACGAUUUGCCAAUCUAUCCUACAUAGUUUGGAUACUGGCCUUGUCAGUUUUCCUCCUCUUUUUGCUUUUGCUGAUAGAUCUAUUUAGCCACAACCAGUCAUUCAUAUUUGCCAAGAAAAAAGAAGAUGUAUGCCUACUGUCCGCUGUGAACUAUAAUGGACUUCUGUACUUCUUGUUGGCCAAUGUCUUAACAGGACUCGUGAAUCUGAGCAUAGAUACUUUACAAUUGUCCACAGCACAAAGCAUGACCAUACUCAUUUCCUAUAUGGGAAUUCUUAGUUUUGUAACUUUGAUGCUAUACAAAUGGAAAAUAAGAUUAAAAUUUUGGUAGAUAAAAAGCUA